AUGUCGUCAUUGAACAAAAACAAUCGUUUUCUCAUAAGAAAUCCAGAAAAAUCGGAAUACAACCAAUACUGGUACUCCAAGGAAACCAUACAAACGUUUGUACGAGUCAUUGAGGAACACUUGUUGGAGAGCUCGGAUCAUCGAGUUGCCUUCAUGUCCACUCCUUCCGUGUAUUUUUCCAUGAGCUCGGAAUUGCAACGGCAAGGAAAAUUAUUUGAGUAUGAUAAGAAAUGGGAGAAGGAUCAAGGAUUUGUGUUUUGGGAUUUUAAUCAACCCGAUAAAGUUGAUGCCUCUCUGUUUGGGCAAUUUUCAUUAAUAUUAAUUGAUCCACCUUUUAUAACGAGAGAAGUCUGGGAAAAUUAUGCGUCAGCAGCAAAGAAACUUAGAAAACCAGGAUGUAAAUUAAUUUGUUCCACAAUUUCAGAAAAUGCAGACCUGAUGAAAAACCUGUUGGAUGUGACUCCUGUGGUUUAUCAACCAAGCAUUCCUCACCUUGUUUAUCAAUAUAAUCUGUACACAAAUUUUUCUCAUGAACUUUUUGAACAAAAGAACAGCGAACUAGCUGAUUAUUAA